AUGUUAUUUAAUAAAUUCUAUCGAUAUUUAUCCAAAUUGCCAACUCUUAUCCAUCACCAAACAAGGAAAUUAUCAACCGAGAAAAUAAUUCAAGAUCAACGUUUAUCAAAUAUUACUGUUACUUCAUUCUAUUGUCAAACAGCUAUCGAACAACUUGCACUUAAACAAUCAACUCGUCUUUCACCAUUAACAAUGAUGUAUACGGGAAAAAACGACGACGAUAGACAUCUAUUACGUUCAGCUCAAUAUUUACAUAAAGAUUUACCAAUCCGUCUUGCACAUCGUAUAACUGAUUUUCGAAAUUUACCAUUUGUUGUUGCCUGUAAUCCGCUUCUAUUAGAAUUGCAUGAACAUUUUAUUAAAAUAUUUCACACACUUCAUUCAUUUCCACCGAUAAAAACACUCGAGCAUGAAAAGCUUUAUACACAAUUAUUACAAGAUACACUUGAUUGCAGUUCAAAUACAUUACCAUUGUUAGUCGAAGGUUUUCGUGAAUCACAACGAUAUAUUAAGCAAGAAACGCUUGUACGAAAUUUUCUCGAUAAUGCACUUACAUUUCGUUUAGCUAUUAAAAUGUUAAUUGAGCAUCAUCUUGAAUUAAGAAAAACUAAACCAAAUCAUAUUGGUCUUAUUUGUACGAACUUUUCUCCUAAAAAGCAUAUUGAAGCAUCAGUUGAGUAUGUUCAGGCACUAUGCCACGCCACAUAUGGUAUUGCACCGGAUGUUACAAUUGACGGACAUGUGAAUAGUUCAUUUCCUUAUAUAACACCGCCACUUAGUUAUAUUGUACCAGAAAUGCUUAAGAAUGCGUUUAGAGCUACGGUGGAAUAUCAUAGAAAAUCAAAUGGUAAAUUACCAAAGGUAGCUGUAACCAUAUCGGUGGAUAAUGAUGAAUUACUGUUAAGAAUAAAAGAUCGUGGUGGAGGUAUGCCCAGCUCAUUACUCAAUAAAAUAUAUGAUUAUCAUUUUUCAUCAAAUAAUCUAUCUGAUGAAUCAUCGAUGUUAUCAUAUACUGAUUUUGAUAAUCAUCUAUACGAUCAACUUGCCAAAAGAAACACUCAACAUAGAAUGAGCGGAUACGGUUUUGGUGUGCCAACAUCACGUGCCUAUUGUGAAUAUUUGAAUGGUUCAUUAACAUAUGAAACUAUGGCUAGUAUCGGUACUGAUGUUUACAUACGUGUUGGACUUUUAACAUCAGAAAAUCGUAUUGUACGUUUGUAG